AAGAAGAAGAAGAAGAAGAAGAAGAAGAAGAAGAAGAAAAGGACAAGAACAUAAGACGACGACGACGUACGGUAGAGUGGAAUAGAGUGCGUGUUUGUGUGUAUGUGAGUGAGAAAGAGGAAGAAAAGGUGCAAGGGAAGAAAGAAAAGCAGCCGGUAUAUUCUCUUCAUUUUUGCACGUCGCUACUCUCUCUCCUCUCUCUUUCUUUCUUUCUUUCUUUCUUUCUUUCUUUCUUUCUUUUUCUAUAUUUCUUUCAUUAUCUUUAUCUAUCUAUUUAUCCAUCUAUCUAUAUACCACUAUCUCUCUUUUUUUUUACUGUCUUUCGCUUUCACGCACGUGUGUUCCUUUAUAAAGUGUAGUAGUGUCGUGUGUGUGUCGUUGCCUAUACAUCGUCGACCGACAAAUCGUUGCUGCUGCUGUCGUCAUCGUCAUUGUUUUUGUUAUCCGUUGUCGUCGUCGUCGUCGUCGUUAUUGUCAUUGUCAUUGUCAUUGUCAUUGUCAUUGUUAUUAUCAUCGUAAUUUGUUCUUUUGCACGCUAAAGUACCGAGAAAAUUUGUCGGGCGUGUAAACGAAGAGAAAAAAGAGUGAAGAAAGGAGGAAGUGAAAGAGAAGGAGAAAGAGGAGUAGCAGGAGGAGGAGGAGGAGGUGAGAGAAAAGUGAAAAAAAAAAAAUAACGACAUCAAAAUGUGGAGUGCAAUGUGUGACGUGAUGCCAACGAUCGCGGAGGACAGCAUAAGUCAAAGAAGUUCGCAGUUCUCUGGCGAGGAUGCGAACUUCGAACAAUUAAUGGUUUCGAUGUUGGACGAAAGGGACAAGUUAAUGGAUUCGUUGCGGGAGUGUCAAGAACGGGUCCAAGAAGCCGAAGCCAGAGUCAGGGAACUCGAAAAGGAACGAGACUCCCUUAAUCGUCAAAUUUAUGCCAACAUUCCUCAGGAACUUUCACAAUUGACGAAGGAAUUAGCAGCAGCUCGUGAAAACAUUUUACAGAGAGAAGAAGAAAUAUCAGAAUUGAAAGCAGAACGCAACAACACACGUCUUCUACUAGAACAUCUAGAAUGUUUGGUUUCUCGACACGAACGAUCGCUGAGGAUGACGGUCGUAAAACGUCAAGCCGCUGCACAAUCGGGCGUGUCGUCAGAAGUUGAAGUACUAAAAGCUUUAAAGAGUUUGUUCGAACAUCACAAAGCUUUGGACGAGAAGGUACGCGAACGAUUGCGUGUAGCUCUUGAAAGGAAUACGACCCUCGAAGAGGAACUGGCCCAUACCAAAGAAGAGCUUCAACAGUAUAAAGUAAGUGGAAUUACGCCUAAAGCCACCGAUGACAAACCUAAAGAAAAUGGUCAAACGGAUGACGGUCAACAACAAAACAAGAAUGAGACUGAGCAGGCUGAAAGUCAGCAGGAGCCACAGCAGCAGCUUCCACAGCAGCUACAACAACAACAACAGCAACAGCAGCAGUUACAACAGCAACACGCAAUACAAAAGCUAGGUACAGAGAAGCCAACAGAGAUAGCAAGCAGAUUGAGCAAUGGCAGUCUUGACCCAUCCGACCAGGAUUCGGCAGUACGAGUAAUAGAUUUGCAAGCCACUCUUGAUAAACAGAGUACUGAAUUAAAUACAUGGCAACGACGUGUAGCGGAAUUGAGCGGACGAGUUGCAGAAUUAGAAGAAACCCUUUCUAAAACCCAAAAGGAUCUUCUUAAAACUCAAGAGAUCAAUGUUAAGUUGCAAAGAGAUCUGUGUGAAAAUGUUGCGCAGAAAGAGGACCAAGAAGAAAGGAUUGCAACUCUUGAGAAACGUUAUCUCAAUGCUCAACGGGAAUCAACUAGCUUACAGGAUCUCAAUGAGAAAUUAGAACAGGAGCUUCAACAUAAGAAGGCUCAAUUGAAGCUUCAAGAAGAAAAGAUAGCAGCUAUACAAGAAAAAUUGGAACUUGCAGAACAAAAAUUAACUCAAUAUUCUAAAUUACCUGAAAUGGAAGAACAAUUAAAGCAGAGGAUGGAGGCUCUGACCCAGGUGAGGAGGCCCAACCAGCAGGCUCAGGAGAGGCAUGGUAGCGCAGAGGAUAGAAUACAAAGGUUAGAAGCACAAUUAGAAGAGAAAAAUGCAGAAGUAAUGCGCGUCAAUCAACGACUUAAGAUGAACGAGGAACAUAACACUCGAUUGAGCGCAACUGUUGAUAAACUUUUAUCUGAAUCUAAUGAUAGGCUACAAACGCAUUUAUCAGAAAGAAUGAAGGCAAUAGACGAAAAGAAUGUGAUAAUGCAGGAACUUGAGAAAACGAGAAAAAUAGCUGAAGAUUUACAAAAUGAAAAAGCAGAUAUCGUUAAAGAGCUAGGAAAAGCACGUCUUGAAAUUGACAAUGUAAAGAGACAAAUGCUUCAGCAAGAAAUUGCUUUCAAUAUUCAACAAACGGACGCAUUGACUAGAAGUCUUUCUCCAAAUGCCGCGGAUCCUGGUUCAUUUUCUAGAAGCGCAAGUCAUAGUAGUUUUGACACGCACUCGUUACCUAGAAGAGGAGGGAAAAGAGCUGCAAUGGAAGAGGAUGCAUCGAAGAAUUACGUAGUACGUACUCUUGCGGAACAAGAAUGGGAGAAACUGCAACAAGCUCAUGUUCUAGCAAAUGUGCAACAAGCAUUUGAUGUUUCAAGCGAUGCAGAAGGUGACGGUGAUAAUGAAAGUAUCUUCAGUUGUUCGGCGGAGGUAAUUAGUCCGGCGGGACACACCGAUGCUCAAACACUUGCGCUGAUGCUGCAAGAACAAUUAGACGCCAUUAAUAAUGAGAUUAGAUUGAUUCAGGAAGAAAAGCAGAACACGGAAGCACGAGCAGAAGAAUUAGAAUCUCGAGUAGGUAGUUUUGAACAUAUGAAUUUAUUAGCAAGAGGACGCAGUCUCGAGCGAGCGUCACCUCCAUUAAGCGGUCGCUCUACACCAAAAUCACAUCAUAGCCCUAACAGAGAUUAUUUACAUAAAUAUCACACAGCACCAGCAUCAAUGUCACCUGCUCAUUUACAUCAGUAUGCUGCAUCCCUUGCUAGUCCUGGACAACUUUCAGAAUCGCUUCCUGCAAGCCAGUUGCAGUUGUCCGGAGAAGAACUGCACUCGGUGAGUGAAAGAGACAGCGUCGGUGGUGCUGGAAGUGUUAGCAGCGAUGCUGCUUCCCCGUUGACGGCCAGAUCGCUUAGAUUAGAGCGCGUUGUGCAAGCACUUGCUCAUAGCCAGGAAGAAUUAAGAAGACGUACUGGACAAACAGGAUUUCCCAGCAGCGGCUUUUCCCCGCACAGCAGGCAUGGACAACAUAGCAACGGCGCACUCAAUUCUGGGACUCCUCCUUCCCCAUUGUCCUCACGCCACAGUAGCCAGGACAGUUUACACAAGAACAAUCUAUCCAGUGUUGGACUACCUAUUGGACAAUUGUCGAGUUCCCAUCUACACAUGCAAGCAACCAUGAGUCCAGCGACAGCAGCUGCAGUGGCAGCAGCUCAGAAGAAAAAAGGCAUAAAGAGUAGUCUUGGCAGAUUUUUCAGUAAAAAAGAAAAAAUAAAGGGAAAGGAUACAACGAUGCCCGGAGAUGUACCUGGUAUGGGAGGUGCAAGUACACCUGCAGAUCCCGAUUAUGGGGAUAGCGUUGCCGUGGCAGGAACAUUAGGAAGCAAGAGUGAUUUUGAUCGAAGGAAAAAGAAAAGUCCCAGUAUGUUUGGUAGUAUGCUGGAUUCUUCGCGACAUGAGUUACUGGCCGAAGCAAUGAAAGCUGGGACACCUUUUGCUCUUUGGAACGGACCAACUGUUGUUGCUUGGUUGGAGCUUUGGGUUGGCAUGCCUACCUGGUACGUUGCGGCGUGUCGAGCUAACGUCAAAAGUGGUGCUAUAAUGAGUGCACUGAGUGACACUGAAAUACAACGCGAGAUUGGUAUUAGUAACUCUUUACACCGACUGAAAUUGAGGCUAGCCAUUCAAGAGAUGGUAUCACUUACAAGUCCAUCCGCGCCUAAAACUUCUCGUACAACUUUAGCUUUUGGAGAUAUGAAUCACGAAUGGAUUGGAAAUGUAUGGUUACAGAGUCUUGGAUUACCCCAAUAUCGAUCCACUUUCAUGGAGUGCCUUGUUGACGCUAGAAUGUUGGAUCAUCUAACUAAAAAGGAUUUGCGCGGUCAACUUAGAAUGAUUGAUAGUUUUCAUAGAACAAGUUUGCAGUACGGAAUUUCGUGUUUGAAGAGAUUAAAUUAUGAUAGACCACAAUUAGAAGAAAGGAGACGAUUGGCGGAAGGAACUAACGCAGAUGUUCUUGUGUGGAGUAACGAUCAAGUUAUACGAUGGGUGCAAUCAAUUGGUCUAAAGGAAUAUGGAAACCAUCUAUUAGAAUCUGGGGUUCACGGUGCCCUAAUUGCUUUAGAUGAAAGUUUUGAUGCAAAUAGUUUUGCUCUUACUUUGCAAAUUCCUACACAGAAUACACAGGCAAGGCAACUUUUAGAAAUGGAAUUUGAAAAUUUAUUAAGGGUAGGAACAGAGAGGCGAGUGGACGAUUCUAAUAUGAAAUCCUGAUCCAACAGAUUGCCCCAUCUUCAACCCCAUCAUGUCUAGUCGAGAACCCCAGCUAUUACUACUGUCUGUACGCAAGUGUGUUGUAAAAGUUGUAAGAGCUUUAAGUAUCAACCUAAAGAUAUCUUCGUACUGUUACGCCAUGUGGCACGCGGUAAUAAUAAUGAUAUUAUACAUAGAUGCAUGAACGUAAAAUUGCAACGUAAAGAAAAAACGAUUGUAUUUAUUGUACGUUCAAAACCGAUCUCUUUAAAAUGUUUCCUUCAUUUCUAUGAUCGCACAUUUUGAUGACGAUCCGCGUGCCAUAUACUUUGACAAGAAAUACCUACGCGUAAAUUAUUUUCUUAUAGAUACCGAAAUGUAGGAGGUGGUCAUGUGUCGCAUCUGCAUUCAAAGGAAUUGCAGUAUAUAUCUCCUCGAAGGCCAAACAAUAUGAGUUGAAUACAAUCACGACAAUAAAUCCGCCUCGUUUGACUUGUUAUGUUUUUACGGGUAACAGAUCAAUUGUAGUUUAGUAAUAUAUUGUUACAUGGCACUCCUCUAGAUAUUCAACCACAGCUAUUGCACUCUUCUUGUAUUAUAACUCGUGUACUUAUAUAAUAAUUCUGCAUAUAAAAAAGAACGGCUUAUGUGUCGUUGUAACUAGCACAAAAUGAACAAUUAAAAAGAAAGAAAAAAAUCUAAGAAAUUUUACAAUGAUGCAGUAAUAUACACUCGGGGAAUCGUUAAUAUUUUAUAUACAAAGAAACGGGGACUGCGUUCUAUGUUUCUGUGUCUGUAAGAGGACAAUGAUGAGCUAACAAAGUUUACUUUAUGUAUUUUACUUUUUUCACAAGCAGAACUUUAGAGUACUCAUUUGUUUCUGUUUUCUUAUUUUGACGAAUUUUGAAUGUGUAGAGUCACACACACACAUAUAUGUGUAUAUAUAUAUACAUAUAUACGCAUUAUAUAUACAUUACA